AUGAGUCAUUCGUAUGUAACACUAGAGGGAGAAUUCAAAGAAUAUUCAUUACCUUCAGCUCCAAGACUACCGCCACCACCAGAGAUACCACCACCCCCUCCACCACAUUCUGAUACAUCUAAUAUGAAUAAAAUCGAUGUCAAGUACUUGAAGCCCCUACCUCCUUCUAAUGGGCCAGUGCAACGACAAGAUCAAAACUAUACACAUCACCAGCAAGAUGAAUUACAGCUGAAACAUUCUUCUAUAACUUCGAGUAUUUCUGAAUCAGACAUUAAAUAUUAUUAUGUGAAACUUAUUAAUUAUGAAUUUAGACAUUUACAAUUAGAUACCAAAAUGCAUUCGAAAUCUUUAUUUGAUUUAAUCGAUUAUUGUGAAUUAUUAUAUGAACAAUCUAGCCCUUUAUUAUCAUCCACAAACUCAAACGAUCACUUGCAAGGAUUGAAAUUAUAUACUAAGGGAUACUUAAUAUUCAAUUAUUUUAUCAAUAGUUUCAUUAUUAUGCAUUUUAAAGGAUUUGAUUCCUUUAUUGAAACAAAUGAACAAGACUUUAUAAUAUAUUUGAACAUUUUUGCAUUUUAUAACACUCAUGAUUAUUUCCAAAAUGGAAUAUAUUCAAUAAGUUCAGAUCAAUUGAGAAAUUAUGUAAAGGAAUAUUUGGUAGAUAAGAAAUUAUUGAGUUUUAAUAUCGAGGAUUUGUAUAAUUGGUUAAACGAGUACAUUAAUUACUUGAAAGAAAAGGAUCAAGAGGAUAUUAAUAUCAGUAAUCUUAGUAUUCAAGAUGGGGCUUCGCUGCCUAAUGAUAGAAGAAGUGUUUCCAGUGUGCUCUCAAGUGAAGGGGAAUCUAUCGAUGAUUUUGAAAUGAGAUAUCCAUCAUUAAAAUCCCCAACCAGAAAGGACCCGCCUCCUGCGUCUCCUCCUCCAGUUCCAAGAGAAAUUCCCGAGAUAUUACUCGAAAAAUCAUAUUCACAAUCUGCCGAUGCUAUCACUAGUUCGCGUAAAUACACAAAACCACCACCCCCAGCCCCACCCGCAGCGCCUCCACCACCUCGACCUCCAGUCACACAAGAUAAUAAUAAUAAAUAUUUAGGACGACCCAUGUUUGGAAAUCAAGGAUUAUCUAAAAGUCAAAAUAAUUUACCAUAUCCUAAAGUUGACCAAAUCCCAUAUCCAGCCAGUGAAGGUACCUUCGAGACAAGUAAUAAUCCUUUUUAUACAAGAUCAAGGGCAGAAACUCCCGAUGGACAGUUUAGACAUCUGCAAACAAUGAGUCAAUUGCCAAAUCCAAAUCAAUUCCAAAAUGGGAACAUUUCAAAUGGAAGCACACUCCCUCCUCCUGUUCGAUAUCUGAAUUCACAUACUCCGCAACCACAACAAUAUCAAAACAAUCAACUUUAUCAGAAUAAUUUCCAACCAUUUACAUAUGCAACCAGUCCUCCUCAUAGUGAAUUACAUACACCUCAUGCAUAUACUCAACCACAAGUUAGUGAAUAUCAUUACAAUGCUAACCUGAUUAUGUCCCCACAACAGCAGCACCAACAAUAUAUGAUUUCACAACAUGAACAACUAAAAAUGCAACGAGUUAAUAUGUUGAAAGAAAAUGCAGUAUGUGGAAUGAGAAACUUUGGAUCAUCAUGUUAUAUCAACUCAACAAUACAAUUAUUAUUUGGAAUCUAUUCUUUCAAAAAGAUCUUUACUAAUGGAUUUCAGAAAUAUAUUAAGGAUGAGAAAUAUUUACGUAUCUUGGCCCAUCCUGAUUCUCACAAGAAAGAUUGUGUAUUAUUAGCAGAAGCGAUUUCUGGAUUAUUAAGAACAUUUCAACAGAAUGGAAGUUUAUCCAUUUCACCUACUAAAUUCAUUCGAGUUAAUUCAUUGAUAAAACCAGAUUUUAACAUUCCUCAUGAACAACAAGAUGCCCAGGAAUAUUUAUUAUUUUUAUUGGAAAGACUUCAUGACGAAUUAGCUGAUAAGCAACCUCAUUCACAAUAUGAUGUGGAAGAUUAUAUAAGAAAAUGGAAAAUUAAUAUAAACGUUAAAGAUAAAGGAGAAUAUUUAAAAUGGUGUAAUUCAUUACUUCAACAUGAAGGAACAUCACCUGUUCAUGAUUUAUUUCAAGGUCAUUUACAAAAUAAAUUAGCUUGUACUAAAUGUGGAUAUGAAUCUAUUAGUUAUUCACCAUUUAGUAUUUUAUCAUUACCGAUUCCAAGUAGUAGAAAUGCUCAUAAUGUGGUUAAUUUAGCUGAUUGUUUGAGAUAUUAUACCCAAGAUGAAGUCUUAUCUGGUGAGAAUGCAUGGCAUUGUCCUAAAUGUCACGGAGAGUCCGAUCCUCAAGAAGGUCAUUUGUUGGAUGAUCAUCCAGUAUUCACUACAAAGAGAUCAGGGAUUUUUAGACUUGGUAAAAAGAGCAAAUCAUCUGGGAAUUCGAAAAAAUCGAAAUCAAGUAAUGGAAGUAGUAAUAACCAAAAACAACUUUCAACAACUAUAUCUACAAAGAGUUUGAAUUUUAUUAAAUUACCUCAGAUAUUAUUGAUUCAUUUAGCCAGGUUUUCAAUGUAUAACCUAACAGAUAAACUAGAUACCAUGAUAAAAUAUCCAUUAAAUUUAAAAUUCAAUAAUAAUGGACAUGAAAUCGUCUAUAAAUUAUCAGGAAUAAUUAAUCAUUUUGGAAAUUUGAAAAGUGGACAUUAUACCGCAUUAGUCAAUAAGUCACUUGUGAAUCUUCCCAAGGGGUCGGGAAAUGGGAUGGAAAAUCUCAUGCAUCCAUUCUGGUGUUUGUUUGAUGACGAGAAUGUGAAGUCAAAUGUAGCUAAUGGAAGCUUGCAUCCUCCAUAUGAUGAAUUGACUUCUCAGGAUGUUUAUGUAUUAUGUUAUGAACGAGUAUAG